ACGUGGUGUCAAGUGUCACGGAGCUGUUUGUGAUGGGUCGGAACGAAAGAGAAAGAUGACAGAAACGACGGCGGCCUCCUCUGGUACUAGCCAGCUAGAAGUGGAUAUAGAUACGAUUGCAGGACCAGCCCAUUCAUUGUCAACCUCUUAGCCUGCCUUGACGGUAACACUGAGUUGAGCUUUGAAAAAGAUCCAAUAUCCCCUCAGAUACCCAUGGAGGAAGAACAUGUUCCUAUUACUAUAACUAACUCAAUCUAGUGACAACCACCAACAUCAACAAUCGUCAGGAUGAGUAGCAGCAGCCUACGAGACGCCAAGUAUCUUUUGCACCCUCCGCGACGACAACAGCCGGACUAUGGCAGUCACAACAACAACGACGACUCGGAGGAGUCUUCUUCUUCCAUGGAUGAUGAUGACGACGAAGAAGCCAAGGCCACUUUGCUAAGACGACAAGACAAUUUCACCAUUGGCUACGACGUCCAAAAGGGCUACCGCGGCACCGAAUUGAAACUGUCCUCGUUUCGCCGUCCCCACAUGCGUGCGUUUCACGGAAGUUGGUGUUGUUUCUUUGCCAGCUUUUUCACCCAAUUUGCCAUGGCGCCACUGUUGCCCGUCAUGGAACAAUCACUCCAAUUAACAAAGUCACAAGUCUGGCAGGGCAAUUUGGCCAUGAUGAUUGGUGGCAUCCCCAUGCGAUUACUGAUUGGUCCCAUGGUGGAAAAACAUGGUGGAAAAGGAGCCAUGACGACCAUUUUGGCACUCUCGGGGAUUGUCUGUGGACUGAGUGGAGUAGUGGUCACCAAUGCCACAUCCCUCUCCAUUACUCGAUUCCUUAUUGGAGCCAUGGAUACGUUUGUACCGUGUCAAUUCUGGAUUACCUGUUUGUUUGUACGAGAAGUUGCCGCCACGGCCAUGGCCAUUGCCGGUGGAUUGGGAUCGGUCGGAUCGGCAUGUACACAGAUCGUAUUGGGGACCGCCAUUUUCCCACUCAUUGCCUACGCCCUCAACGGAGAUGAAGAUUUGGCAUGGAGAUUGACAUUGAUCUUUCCGGCUCUUCUUUCCAUCUCGACGGCGUGGGUAUUCGCCAAGUUCUCGGAUGAUUGUCCUCUGGGAAACUUUCAAGAAGUCAAAAAGGCGGGGCUCAUGGUGGAACGAUCCGCCAUGGACUCGUUCCGGUCAGGAGCUCUGAAUAUCAAUUCCUGGCUCUUGUUUCUCCAGUUUGCCUUUUCCUGUGGCGUCGACUUUACCAUGAGCAAUGGCGCCGCCAUGUACUAUCACAAAAGAUUUAAUCAACCCGUCUCCAUUGUGGGAGCAUUGGCAUUCCUAUACGGGAUUUCGGCACUCUAUGCCCGUGCUGUGGGAGGAUAUCUCAGUGAUGUCAUGAGCGAAUCCCUGUCGCUACGAGGACGAUUGUUGGCACAGUUUUUGAGUAUGGCCCUGCAAGGACUCUUGAAUGUAUGGUUUGCUCGAAUGGAUGAACUGGGACAUAGUGUGACAAUGUUGGUGUUCUUUUCCAUCAUGGUGCAGAUUUCCAUGGGCACAUGCUUUGGCAUUGUACCGUAUAUUGAUGGACCCAACAUUGGGUCAGUGGCAGGAAUUGUAGCGGCCGGUGGUAAUGUUGGAGGAGCAAUGUGUAGCUUGCUCUUCAUGUACUAUGAUUAUGACUGGGCCAUGGAGUUGAUGGGGUGGCUGACAGUAGCUUCCAGUUUUUUAACCUUCUUCAUUGUGGUCAAGGGAUUCCGUGGUCUUGUGUUUGGUACGGAAGAUGAAGAGGGAUCCAGUACAAAGCAACAGCAUUCCCCGUUGGUCGUCCCUGGAAAGAUGCAACAUUCCCCUCACCUGGUGGCUUAUCGACGAAGACAGAGGAAAAAUGCGUGGCGUCCACGGAGCUGAGACGCGUAACUGUAGUUUCGGAACCUUCCAGGUUGUGGGUGAACCGCCCGGUCAGCACUCUUGGCUGCAACUCUCAAUGUUCGACAACCCUCAUUCGCUCCACCUGGUAACGUAACCAGGGUGUUGCGGAAUCAGCGUCGUGUAACUACUCCCAUUUGAAUCACUCCCGCUCCAGUCGAUGGAAUCGUCCACCAAUUGACGAUGAGAGGUCGCACAGCUGGGCAAUGGUGGCAUUCUUAGAGAGAUCACUUGUAGAGAAUGCAAAUUUUGUAUGCUAUGUAAAUGUAAGAUUCCAUAAUGGACGUUGAAGCUACGCGUA